AUGGAGUUGAACAGGCUGCUGCUCCUCACAGCGUUCCUCCUCCACAUCAAGCUGUCCAGGAUGAGCCCGGCCCGGCUGGUCUGCGACAACCGGCUGAUCCAGAAAUACAUCAGCGAAGCCAAGGACAUGGAGAAGAGAGUGAGCCAGUGCCAGGAGCUCCCCUCACUAACCCAGCCCCUUCCUCUGCCCAUGGUGGACUUCAGCCUCCGGGAAUGGAAAACGAAGACAAAUGAGACGAAAAGGCAGGAAAUCCUCUGUGACCUGGCGCUGCUGGUGGAUGCGGUGAGCGCUGCGCAGGGCCACGUGAGGCAGGAGUGUGCGGCUGCCCUCCUGGGGCAGCUCUACAAGAAAGCCAACUCCUUCCUCCUGCUCCUGCAGACCUUCAGCUGGCAGGUCAGCGCCUGGCAGCCGGACCGCGCCUCCCGGACAACGCUGCAGAGCCACCCCAGUGUGAUAUUUCUGGUCUACCGGCAGCUCGUGCAAGGCAAGCUGCGCUUCCUGUUCCAUGACCUGGCAAAGGAUUUCUGCCGGGAAGGAAGCCGGGGGGUGCCAGAGCCCCCAAGCACCCCAUGUCCCCGGCUGCCUCAAGGGGACAGUGAAAGUCCUGCCUGCUGA